CAUUUCUGGCGUUAGGAAACUCGUUCAGGGCCACUGAAAAGUCAGUGGAGGCUCAGAUCUUAUUCCCCACGGAUGCCUGCCAUUCCGGAAACGUUGCCACCCAAUUAGUAUGCGAGUAUUAUUUUGGAGAAAAAAUAAACCUCUGCCAAAAAAAUAAAUCAUCGGAGGAAAGAAGGAGAGGCUGGAAGAGGAGGAAGCUGCUUGGAUUCGCUGGUGGCAGAAAGUGCUGGGUUCUGGAGUUGCAGGCUCCUUCCUUCAGCACCAGAGGGGAUGGACAGCGUCUCCGGACUGGGCUCCCGCUACAGCCAGGGAACCGCGCUGCGGCCGCCGCGGCCUCUGCUGCUGCGCUUCCAGCCGCUGCCUUCGCCUCCCGCAGCGGAGCUCCAGGCUUCUCGCAGUUAGAAGGCAGUGCCUGCUAAUACCCCUUUGCCACCGGGUCCCUUUUUCCGAUGGACGAAAAGUACCCUUCCCUCUACACACGCCGCGCCUACUGACAAGGCUCUGAGGAGUUCUCUUGCUCCACGGAUUCAACUCUCAGCAGCAACUUCACAAAUAAUUUUGCUACAGGGGGCUGGAAGCAGUGCAGGCAAAAGAGUAAAGAGGAAGUUCUUAGCAGCUCUGAGAAAUCAUGGGCUGUGCGGUGAGGGUUGAAAGCUCAAAGGCCCACACUUCUUGAAAUAAACAGGAUGUUCUUCAGAGGAUUGCAACUGUUUGGGAGAUAGCUUUGUGGAAAUCUACCCAAAAUUCUGCUUUGGAUGUGCUGAAAGGACUUCUAAUUCCACUACUUAACAGAAGAUAUCCUCUGUGGUGCCAUAGCACAUGGAUUUCAGAACCACCUGUGAGGAGACAAAGACAGGGAUAUGUUUGCUGCAGGAUGGUAAUCAGGAGCCUUUCAAAGUCAGGCUGCACCUAGCCAAAGACAUUCUGAUGAUCCAGGAACAGGAUGUGAUAUGCGUGUCUGGUGGGCCUUUCUAUUCUGGUGAAAGAAGCGUGACCAUCAGAAGACAGACAGUAGGAGGAUUUGGAUUAAGCAUAAAGGGAGGAGCAGAACAUAACAUUCCAGUUGUUGUUUCAAAAAUCUCCAAGGAACAAAGAGCGGAACUUUCAGGACUGCUCUUCAUUGGGGAUGCAAUUCUACAGAUAAAUGGAAUUAAUGUGAGAAAAUGCAGACAUGAAGAAGUGGUUCAAGUUCUUCGGAAUGCAGGAGAAGAAGUGACCCUAACAGUGUCUUUUUUAAAAAGAGCACCUGCUUUCCUCAAACUCCCCUUGAAUGAAGACUGUGCAUGUGCUCCCAGCGACCAGAGCAGCGGCACCUCCUCUCCUCUCUGUGACAGUGGCUUGCACCUCAACUACCACCCCAACAACACAGACACAUUGUCAUGUUCCUCAUGGCCGACGUCUCCAGGCUUAAGGUGGGAAAAGCGGUGGUGCGACCUCAGACUCAUCCCCCUGCUCCACUGUCGUUUCUCUCAGUACGUGCCCAGGACGGAUCUGAGCCGGCAGCACGCCUUCCAAGUCACUGCUGUGGACGGGGUCUGCAGCGGCGUCCUGCAGUGCCUCUGCGCUGAAGAUUGUAUGGACUGGCUGCAAGCAAUAGCGACCAACAUUUCAAACCUCACAAAGCACAAUAUUAAAAAAAUCAACAGAAACUUUCCUGUAAACCAGCAGAUAGUCUACAUGGGCUGGUGUGAAAUACGAGAGCAGGACCCCCUUCAGGACCAAGCGUACUCGCCAGCGUUUCUGGCCCUCAGGGGUUCGUGUCUGUACAAGUUUCUGGCCCCUCCAGUGACCACCUGGGAUUGGACCAGAGCAGAAAAAACCUUCUCAGUUUAUGAGAUUAUGUGCAAGAUUCUCAAGGACAGUGACCUGCUGGACCGGCGGAAACACUGCUUCACUGUGCAGUCUGAGUCGGGCGAAGACCUCUACUUUUCUGUCGAACUAGACUGUGACCUGGCGCAGUGGGAAAGAGCCUUCCAAACAGCAACUUUCCUAGAAGUGGAACGGAUACAGUGCAAGACCUACCCGUGUGUGCUGGAGAGUCACCUGAUGGGACUCACGAUCGACUUCAGCACAGGGUUCAUCUGUUUCGAUACCGCAACAAAGGCUGUACUUUGGAGAUAUAAAUUUUCUCAGCUUAAAGGCUCGUCAGAUGAUGGCAAGAGCAAAAUCAAAUUUUUGUUUCAGAAUCCAGAUACUAAACAGAUUGAAGCAAAGGAGCUGGAAUUUUCGAAUUUAUUCGCUGUUCUUCACUGCAUUCAUUCAUUCUUUGCUGCCAAAGUGGCUUGUCUGGACCCUCUUUUUUUAGGCAGUCAGGCGACAGCUUCUGGCGCUGCGGGCUCUGCGACCACGAGCAAAGCCAAGUUCACGGCUUGACGCGCGGCUGUGACUGUGCAAACUGGAAGCAGCCCUCACGUUACACCCUGAAACCCUGGU